GAGCUUAAACCGGAUUCGUUAGGCCCGAAUCCAAUUGUGUUCCCUAAUCCGAGCUUUGCCGGCAGGAAACUCCUGCCUAUCUAUUUAUGCAUACGGCAACGCGAAACGAGACGAGGGCUAGGGUUUAUAUUUUUGAAGCCGCUCGCUGCUAAGCCUCUCUCCUUCUCCAAGCUCAGAAGACCCUUGGCGCCGCAGCACAACUCCGUUCAGCAGCCAUGGGGAAGACACGUGGAAUGGGAGCUGCUCGCAAGUUGAAGACCCACCGCAGGAGGCAAAGGUGGGCUGACAAGGCUUACAAGAAGUCUAACUUGGGUAAUGAGUGGAAGAAGCCUUUCGCUGGUUCUUCCCAUGCCAAGGGCAUUGUCCUGGAAAAGAUUGGCAUUGAAGCCAAACAGCCAAAUUCUGCUAUCCGUAAGUGUGCCAGAGUGCAGCUCAUUAAGAAUGGAAAGAAGAUUGCUGCCUUUGUUCCUAAUGAUGGUUGCUUGAACUACAUUGAGGAGAAUGAUGAAGUACUCAUCGCUGGAUUCGGGCGUAAGGGUCAUGCCGUGGGAGAUAUUCCUGGAGUCCGUUUCAAGGUUGUGAAGGUCUCUGGUGUUUCCCUUUUGGCUCUCUUCAAGGAGAAGAAGGAGAAACCGAGGUCUUAAAUUAUAUAUGGAGAGAUGUAGCUGUUUACUAAAGUUUUGGUUUUAGUGUUUCAGAUACAACUCUGGGGUGGUGUGGUUUUUGUCCGAGUGAAUCUUGCUAAGCCAAGUUUUGGUUAUUGUAUGGUGGAACCUUCAAUUUUUGCAGUCCUGUAUGUUGCAGUCUUAACAUUCUUUGCUCGAGGUCUGUCGGUAGAUUUUAAUUUUAU